AUGGGACGGACUCAAAUAGGUUUUCUAGUGGACGCAAAUGAAGAAAGUGCUGGAAGACGAUUCAUUCUGGAAUCAUUUGAGGAAGCAAAAAAAAUUGUAGAUUCUGCUUACAAAUUUUCUCGGGAUGAGAGUUUAGCAAGGGUGCGCAAAGAUGUGAUCAAACCUUCGGACAAACUUCGUCUGCUGAAACAGCCGGCUCGAAAAACACGUGAAGCUGUGAGAGCCGCAGACUACAUGGCACAAACGCUGAGACUGAUCGCUGAGAAAACUCAUCAUGCACACAAGAGAUCCAUUAAUGCUACAAACUUGCUUACUCCUGAAGAGCUUAACACCAUCAUGCGUCUGACCGGUUGUUCUGCUCAAACUCGGCCCCCGUCUUGUAGGACCACACCCCUCAUAAACAAGUAUCGGACUGCCACCAGUGUAUGCAACAAUCGGAAGAACCCAUUGCUUGGUGCAUCUAACACCCCUUUCGCCCGUUGGCUGCCUGCUCAAUAUGAGGAUAAUGUCUCACAGCCCAAGGGGUGGAACCCAAACAAAUUGUACAAUGGUGCAGCAUUGCCCCUGGUCAGACUGGUUUCCAAUCGUAUUCUGAGCACUGCAGAUGCUGAUGUAAAGAGUGAUCGUGAGUUCACCUUUAUGCUCACCAUCUUCGGGCAGUGGGUCGACCAUGAUUUGACUUUUACGCCCUUUUCACCGAGCAUUAAAUCCUUCAGCAAUGGCCUUAACUGUGAUGAGAGCUGUGAGCGUUCUGAACCCUGUUUCCCAAUCCAGGUCCCAAAAACAGACUCCCGUCUGAGUCCAAGCUCCUGCAUCCCAGUUUUCCGAUCAUCACCUGCCUGUGGUUCUGGGAACACUGCCUAUAUGUUCGGAGGUUCAGCCAAUGUUCGGGAACAGAUCAACUCUUUGACAGCUUUUCUAGAUGCCGGACAGGUUUACGGGGCCGAGGACGGACUGGCGAAGGACCUGCGUGACCUGACCAAUGAUUACGGUCUGCUACGUGUCAACAAUCAGUACCAUGAUAAUGGACGAGAGCACCUACCCUUUACCAGCGUAAAGAGCAACAUGUGUGCCACACGUGGGAAAACACUCAAUGAUAUGAGCCUGACAGAGGUGCCUUGCUUUAUUGCAGGUGAUGUUCGUGUUGACGAGAACAUUGCUCUUACCUCAUUACAUGCAUUAUUCAUGAGAGAGCACAACCGAUUGGCUCGUGCCCUCCGCGUACUUAACCCAAGUUGGAGUAGUGAAACCCUCUAUCAGGAGGCGCGGAAAAUUGUGGGUGCCUACCAACAGGUGAUGGUAGUUCGAGAUUACCUGCCCCACAUUGUGGGGCCUGACGCCUUUAAAAGACACUUUGAUGUAUAUCCAGGUUACAAUGAGAAAGUGGACCCCAGCAUUGCUAACGUCUUUGCCACUGCAGCAUUCCGUUUUGCCCACCUGACCAUCCAACCCACCAUAUUCCGUCUUAAUGAAAACUACCAGAACCAUCUUCAGUUUCCAAACGUGCCCCUUUUUGAGGCCUUCUUUUCACCCUGGAGGGUGAUAUUUGAGGGGGGUAUAGAUCCUCUGCUCCGUGGAUUGAUUGGCCGGCCGGCAAAAUUAAACACACAGGAUCACAUGAUGGUGAAUGCUCUUAGAGAGAGACUGUUUGCCUUUACAAGCCACAUAGCUUUGGAUCUUGCCUCCCUUAACAUGCAAAGAAGCCGUGAUCACGGUAUACCAGGCUAUAAUGCAUGGCGUCAAUUCUGUGGACUCUCCACUCCUAAAAAUGAGAGGGAAUUGGCUGUAGUGAUGAACAACGCUCAACUGGCACGCCAGCUUGUAAAGCUUUACGGCACCCCUGCAAACAUUGAUGUCUGGCUGGGAGGCGUCUCUGAGCCUUUUGUACCCGGUGGACGUGUCGGCCCUCUUUUUGCCUGCCUUAUCUCUAUGCAGUUCCAGCGCAUCCGUGAGGGUGACAGGUUAUGGUGGGAGAACCCUGGAGUGUUUACCAAAAAACAAAGAACCUCACUUGCCUCUGCGUCAUUGGCACGCAUCAUUUGCGACAACACGGGAAUCAGGAAAGUUCCCAAAGAUCCCUUCCGCUUCAGCUUUCCUUACAGUUAUGUUAACUGUAAAAAUAUCCCAGCCUUUGAUCUCAACCCUUGGAUUGAGACCGGUGUCUAUGGCAGUGGCGAACCGUGA